AUGAUUUUAGGAAUUCAAGUGAUAGGAAAGGACAUGAAGGCAUUAGAUGAAGAAUCGGCAGCAUACGAUGCUCUUAUUGACGAGAAUGUGCUAGCUACGGCGACUAUUUGGCACGACAACAUGAUGUCUGCCUUUUUGGGACUUUUACGUGCGAGCUCUGUCACUAUUCGCAUGGUUGCUAUCCGUCACAUAAAGAUCAUAUUUGCAUCGUCAACUGUUGCUAGCGCAAUUAAUCGCCAUGUUCUGAUCUUUGGAAGCAUAUCAAAUAUGGGCGGAACUGCUACUGAAUCAUCGACAACGGAGCAGGUGCCCAUCAUUGAGGCUAUCCUUAGUCUUCGUGGGGAUUCGCACUGCCAACACGAGACUUUACCGUCGCCACCAGCAUCAUUAUUUGGUAUUGAACUACAUGGUUGCCCAGGUGUUACAAUGAGCCGGUUGAGAGAUAUGGUGCUUAACACACAGGAACCCGAUGAGGUUCGUGUAAACGCGCUGUACUCCAUUAUUACCGAAGACGACGUUGAUUUUGUGCGCGGGUUGUUGGCAUUGCACGGGGAUGGUGAUCGUAAGAAGCAAGGUAUCAGUGCAAGCUGCUUCAACGACAUGUCAAGUCGCAUGAAAUUAGCACUUGUGGAAUUGAUGUCUAUACUCCAGCCUAGUGGAUGUGUGGAUUUCAUUACACAUAUGUCAUACGACGUUAUUUCGUCCAUUAUUUGCUUGGAAGUGAAAACGAACGAGAUAGCUUGGUUUUUGCUCCAGGACCCGUUUACUACUCUCUCGCGCUUUAUCCUUUCCACGGAGGAGUUGGAGAUAAUUGUGGUGUCAUUACUUAAGACCACAUUGGACAAAAUAAACGAAAUGCUUUCAGCUGAAAUGAAUCUGCGCAUUAACGGAGGCACGCCAUCGCGCGAGUCUAUUUUGUGGCGCAAUGCCGAAAGUCUGGCAUCUCUGGCAGCUGCUGUAGUGCUUCACUAUGAUCCGGAUACACUAGGCGAAGUUGAUCCAAGCAAGUUAGUGGGCUCAGGAAGUGAAGACACGACUGGAUGCUUGGUCUUCUGGAAGUGUGAACGCGCCAUUUGGCACGAGGCUGAGCUUGUGGACUCAAUUCUGGGUAUCUGGCAGCACUUUGCUUCUCAUUUUCACUCGAAUUCAGAUGCCAGUUUUGCACGACGAUCUAGCAAUGCCAGUAGUCGCCGUAACAGUAGUGCCAUUCGCUCUGUGGAUAGUGGUUUGCAAAGUCCUCCAUCCUUGAGCGCCUCUGCGCGUUCAAAUGCUGGUACGAGUAUGCUUGGAUUUGGUUUCAACCUGCUGCCUACUGGUGGCACUCCAAGCGCACCAGCAUCUCAUUCCCCACUCGCACAGCCGUUAGGAGGAGGCAACAUUACCGCACGUCCUCACCCUGGCGGCCCGAUGCGUCAGAUUCUGCAGUUGCUGUUGCGAUGUUUGUACCUUGUACUUAUUUCUGAUGAUUACGCAAAUUCUGCUUGUAGCGAAGGCGAUGAAAACGAUGAAUUCACAUCGGUAAAGCUGCGGCUUCCCGCCAACUCGGUGUUUUUUGCACGCAUUAACAAACUGGAAUAUUUCAUUAACGCAAUGGGUCUGGGUCACGAGACUGCGCAGUUCGAGUCGAGCUUUGCACCUUCUCGCUCCGGUUCUAACGGUUUGACAACCACGGCUGGGUUAGUCACAGCAUCUGAAUACGUAAAGUCUUCCCCUGGUGACGAAACGACACUGCUUCUCUGGCUAAUCCCUGAGCUUUCGUUGCUAAUUGAUCGCGUGCGGCGAAAGUGCUGGUCCGAGUCGGCAGUUAAGCUAGCAAGCAUUCUUGCAUCUUUGGUGUCCGUACCUCUGCGCUCGUCCGACCAACUAGCGGAGCUGUUGGCUCGAAAUGAUUUUGCCGCAAACAAUCAAGAAGUUUGUCGUCGUGAUUGCUUCUACCAUGAACAGAUGGCACAUGCACGUGACAUCCGAGCUAUGCGUCGAAUUGGCAUGUUCGACGAGGAAGCUGAUGAAAAGAAUCGUGCCAAGGCCGAGCUGGAGCGAAUAAGCAAGUUUACCCGUUCUGCGACUUCACCAGAUGAAUCUUCUAGCGACGGUGAGGAUUGUGUUUGGUUGGAGCGUGUAAAAGCGAAGGACAUUGGCGACUGGAUGAAGCUUCGAGUACUGGCCAAAUGGGGCGUUCGUCAUGUGUGGGGAGUAAAGGAUGAGGUGGUGGUAAACACUGCGGAUAAUGGUACCAUUGUUGGGCUCUGGGGCGACAACGAGUUCUGGCGUGUGGACAUCUACACGUCUAGCAAUUGGAUCCGUUGUCGUUUGCUUCCAGAUACGGACGAUGCUACUUCUCGCAACUACAGUUCAGAGCUUUCUGCGUCAAGUCUGAAGCAUAAUAUAGUAAACAACAUGGCAGACGAGUUGGCUAUGCCAGCUGUGGACUCUAUAGUCGUGGAUGAUGCAGCUCUUACGGCACCUGGUGAUUCGACGGAUCAAACAGUUGAAGAGGAAGCUGACGAGGCUCACACUGGUGACGGAGAUGGGUCGGAUUCUGCGGAGGUCGAAGAACCGGGAUGUGUCGUAUUGACGCAGCACGAUAGCGACGCGGAAUGUUUGGAUGACGACAAUAACAUGGCCCAUGUCGAUACUAGCGACACCGAUAGCGACCAAGCGCGAUCGAUGCUGCCUGAUGGCAUGCACAGUAGCGAUAGCGCUGGAGAGGUCGUAGAUUCAUUGCAACACACAGAUGAUGCCUUUGACCAAAACCCAGAUGCGCCGUUAGCAUCAUCGGCACCGGAGAAUAACGAGGAUACGGCUAGUAUCGGUAUGGGCUUCCCCACUAGAGAUCACCGUGCUGGAUCAGUAGACGUGGCAACCACUGUCAAGUCUACAAAGGGCCGCAUUGGAACGAUGUCGACGCGGUUUUCAUCUGGCAUUAAGCGUUUGGCAGGUGCACGUCCGACUGCUUUGUCAGCGUCGACAGGAUCUGAAAUUGGCGGAGCUUCUAAAAGUCUCUCAAGUGUAUCAGAAGGUGGCGGUAAUGCCCACGAUCUUCAGGAUUCACCAUUCCUAGGUGCAGCAGCAGAAAACGGCAUUGCUCCGUCAAGCAAGGAAACUCUAGAGCCUUCCAGUCCAGCAGAAUCAAAGUUAUCUGGCCCUGCAUCGUCACCACAUAUGAAGAAGAUUCCAAGUAAGCAGGAUCACUGGAAAACGCUGGGAGCACCAUAUCGCACCAACGCAUAUCUUGUGCUGCCGUCAGGCGUGUUGGUGCGCGGUGUUCUGCGUAUUGGUGCUGCGACCAUUGUCUUCGAGGGCGAGCGCGUGGUGACCCUGCGUGGCAUUGCUGACGCGUUCAAGUCAAACGAGGAUAGAGGUGUUGCUGCUCGACAGCGCAGCGCCCAACGACUUCACAAAACGCACGUGUCGCAAUUAAAACGCCGUGUGUGGGGUGUCCGCGUGAUCCGUGUAAUUCAUCGACGGCGGUUCCUUAUGGAGGCCCAAAACGGCCUUGAAAUCUACUUUGUGGAUGGUAGCUCAUGUUUUUUCGGGCUUGAGAGCUAUGGAGAAGCUGAUUUGGUGUAUGCUACAUUAAAAGAGCGCAAACCUCCAUGUCUUGCGACGUGGGGCAAGAGAUUUUUGACAGCUGAACGAAUGUUUUCUAAAAGCAAGUGGACCGAGAUGUGGGUUCGACGCGAGAUCAGCAAUUUUGAGUACUUGAUGGCACUGAACGUCUCAGCGGGCCGUUCUUAUAAUGAUGUCUCACAGUACCCUGUUUUCCCCUGGGUCAUCAAGGAUUAUGAUUCUGCGGAGCUACAGUUGGACGAUGAUAACAUUUAUCGUGACUUGCGCCGGCCAAUUGGUGCUCAAACACCUGAGGCUACUGAGCGUGCGCGAGCAACGUACAAGAAUUGGGAUCCAAAGACACCCAUCCCAGCCUUUCACUACGCAAAUUCGUACUCACACAUGCAGUCUGUGCUGUAUUUCUUGAUUCGUCUGGCCCCCUUUACUGAAGCUGCGUUAGGCAGCGAGGAGCAGCAGUUCUGUUGCAGAUCUGUUGAUGAACCUACGUUUGAUUCAGUGCCUGACGCUUUUCGGAUGUGUACAAAUGAUCAGCGCUACAUGUUUGAAUUGACACCGGAGUUUUUCUACCUACCAGAGCUAUUUUCAAGUGCUCGAAACAAAACCCUGGCUCGCCACUUUAGCCCAGGACAGGAUGUUAGUGCGACGGCGGGUCUCGCGCGGGAUGUAGUACUACCACCUUGGGCUACAUCUCCAUAUGAUUUUGUGCGACUUCACCGCCUAGCGCUGGAAAGCGACUUUGUUUCGAAAAACCUUCACUACUGGAUUGAUCUUAUAUUCGGCUACAAACAGACCGGUUUGGUUGCUGUGGAUGCGUUGAACUCAUACCAUAUUGCUUGCUACCCGGAGCGUUUGGAUCUCAAAACCUCAAGCGAUGGUGUACGUGCGAAGCUUGUUCAGCGUGGCACUGUGCCAAUCCAGCUUUUCCGUAAGCCUCACCCUGCUCGAAUGACUCAAGAUGAGUCACUAGAGGCACGAUUCCCAGCCUCGCAUAGCAUGGCGAAGCUAUCUUCACGACGACAGGUGCGCCGUCAUGAUCUUCCAUCCAAACACACCGCAGCUGUGAAGAGCGUGCGCUUUUCGAAUGCACUGAACCAUGCGGUGGCACUUACAGCACUUACUGGGUCCAGUCCUGGACUCGGAAGUGGUACCGGCAUGGGGGCCCACAGCACCAGCAGCAAUGACCACGGAGUUGUUGUGUAUACGACAGACAGUGACGGCGUUGUUUUGGCAAAGCGUUACUUGAACACAGUACCAGAUACGGCGCGCUCUUGCCCAUUCUCGAUGGUGGAUGUGGACCAAUGGUGGAAGCUUCCUGCGGGCUGUCUUGUUAAUGAAGGCGUGGUGUUUUACGAGCAAAUGAUUAGUUGUGGUUACUGGGAUGGCAGCUGGCGCAUUCACUGGGCAGCUGAUGGCGAGCUCUUGCAACGAAUCGCCUUCCACCAAAAGCCCAUUUUGUGUAUGGCUCGAAGCGAGGACGACUUUACUGGCGAUUUGGCAUUGGCUUUUGGCAGUGAAGAUUGUACUGUUUCGAUUUGGGCUUUGUCAAAACUCUCAGCGUCUCGCUCACGACGGUUUUUUGUUAAAAAGGAGCUACCUGUGGGUGGUUUGCCUUGGGUUUUGCUGGUGGGCCACACGAGUCCAGUAGUUGCCGUGGCGCUUAAUGUGGACCUAGAUGUGGUGGUUAGUGCCUCCAAGGAUAACAUGCUUUUGUUACAUUCGCUUCGCGGUUCGACGCCUCUUCAUGCUUUGGCGCUGACGCCUGGGCCAAUGGAAACGUCUGCUGUCGCCCACAUGGUCAUUUCGGCUCAGGGCGAUACGCUGGUUCACUCCAUCACAACUCAUAAGACCCAGCGAAGUGGGCGUUACUCUCGUGCAAAUUCGCUAUUUUCUGAUGACAAGGCUAGGCUUACAGUCGGUAAGGGAAGUGGCAAUAGCAGCAUGGUGGCAGGUGGUUUGUCGAGCAGUGGAUAUGUCGCCACGAGUGACCAGGAGCCGUAUGACGGCUCAGAAAAGCAAUCUGAACUUUACGUAGUGUCUAUUAACGGUCAUGUGGUUUCUCAUGACAAACUCAUAACCCGAGAUGGAGGUGAGGAAACAACUGAUGACUGCAGGCCUCAUUUGCUUUUAGAUCGUGGUGUGUUAUUCACACGCUCAGGUGAGUAUCUGAUCACGGCGUGCGCUAGUGCGGAAGCAGCUAUUGAAGUGCGUGACGCCGGCUUGCCUGGGUUUGUGGUCCGUCGUAUCGAAUGCAAGCGUCCAGGAUCCGAGCUGACGAGUUUGAGCAUGGGACAAGAUGAGCGUUGUAUCGUAUGCGGCUAUGCUGAUGGAGCUGUGGUAGCCUAUGCUCUUCAUUUUGGUGUUGCUGAUGGCUGCAAGAGUCUUGUAGGAUUGGACAAGCAGGCACGGGAACGCGAGCGUACUGCUCUUGCACAAGCUACUAAGCGUGACUUGCUGCGUAAUAAGAGGCGAGAAGAUCUGUUACCUGCCUUUAUGCGCAGUACUAGUGGCGUGGAAGGCACUGCUCUUUGGUUACGGCAGGGAAAGAGCCCAAUGCCUGAAGAGCCGUACAUUACGCAUAUGCAGGAGCAAUAUGCACUGCUGAAGCAGAAUUGCGUCAGUGGAGAUGAAAAGUACGAAGAAAUGCUUCGUAACCUAUGGAACGCCAUUUAUUCGCAGCAUCCAUUCCAAAAAAAGAAGCUGUCUACUUCCGGUCAAUCUGACCCUUUUGCAGAGGGCAAUCUGCUAGAUUUUAGUUACAAUGACCAGACUGGCAGUAGUGCCGUUGCUUCCGAACCGGCUCAAGAGCUGCAAUUCGAACGAGUUGGAGAAUCAUGGAGUCGGUUGGGUUUUCAGCGUCCAGACCCGACAACAGAUUUUCGUGCCGGCGGCAUGCUGAGCUUGGAUUGUUUGGUGUACUUUGCAUCGCACUACACUUCCCAAGCUGUGCGUAUGGUGACUAGUCAGGUACCGGGGUCACACGACCACACGUACCCGUGGGGCCCCGCGGGUAUCAAUGUGACUUGCAUGGUGGCACGCCUUUUCUGGAAAUUUGAUGGCGAGCUCGUUCGUGCACAACAGAAUAAUUGGCCACUGUUUUACGACAAUGAUGCCUUCCGUCUGUUCUUUUCAGAGGUGUUCGUGCUUUUCGACUAUCUCUGGAACGAUAUGAACGCCAACUAUGGCAAUUUCUCUGUGGUGAUUCAAACAACAAGCGACCGAGUCAUAGACGUGCUGGAAGAAGCCCAGGGCGAUAUGAACGUGGUGUUGAUGGAGCUACGCUCGCAGAGUCUGUCUAGAAAACAGCAACGAACAUCUUCGCGCUCGAUGCAGGAUUUUCUAACAUGUAGCAAUCCAAACGUUGCCGAUGCUCCAGCGACCGUGAAGGAGGGUCCUUCCUCUUCAAAUGGCGCAAGCUCCUCGCCUCCUAGCAAGUCGCCACGGUCUUCGUGGUCAUUCACUGCACAGGUCUCACAGUCUGUCAAUCGGUUCAGCCUGGGCGCUAUCGGUUCUUCGGUGCCGCUGCAACGACAGAACCCGUUCUCCUUCCAGGCUUUGGCGAAAGCGGCUCGUCAGAGUCAACACCAGUUGCCUCUACAGAUACACUGGUGCCUGAUUUGA